ACCCCCUCCUUCCAUUCUCUCUCUAUCGGCAUCGAGAGCUUCUCCCACUCCCAUUACAGCUCUCGAUCCGAACCCGUUACCAAAACAACGACGACAAGAGUGACGAUGAUGAUCAUCCACUGUCUCUAGCAUCACCACAAUCGUGUGGAACAACAGCAAGCGCAGCCAGCCAGCUGCUUGCGCUGCCUGCUGCCUGCCCGGACAAUCAGUCGUCGCCAAAAUGGAGAACAUCGCGGCGCAACUCAAGCGCGGCAUUUCCCGCCAGUUCUCCACCGGCUCCAUCCGCCGCAGCCUCAGCCGCCAGUUCAGCCGCCAAUCCUCCCUCGACCCCCGCCGCAACAACCUCCGCUUCAGCUUCGGCCGCCAGUCCUCUCUCGACCCCAUUCGCCGCUGCCCCAGCGAGGACGACGUCGAGCUCUCCGUGCCGGAGAAUCUCGACUCCACCAUGCAGUUGCUCUUCCUCGCCUGCCGCGGCGACGUCAGCGGAGUCGAGGACCUUCUCAAUCAAGGCAUUGACGUCAACAGCAUCGACUUGGACGGCCGCACGGCGCUGCACAUCGCCGCCUGCGAGGGCCACGUCGACGUUGCGAGGCUCUUGCUCACCCGCAAGGCCAACAUCGAUGCUCGCGAUCGCUGGGGCAGUACCGCAGCUGCUGAUGCCAAGUAUUAUGGGAAUACAGAUGUGUACAACAUUCUCAAGGCACGGGGAGCCAAAGUUCCGAAAACCAGGAAGACACCAAUGACUGUUGCAAAUCCUCGAGAAGUUCCAGAGUAUGAGCUCAAUCCAUUAGAGCUUCAAGUUCGGAAGAGUGAUGGAAUCACAAAGGGAACGUAUCAAGUGGCUAAGUGGAACGGUACAAAGGUUUCUGUAAAGAUACUAGACAAGGAAAGCUAUUCAGACCCUGAACGCAUAAACGCUUUCAACAAUGAAUUGACGUUGCUAGAGAAGGUUCGGCAUCCAAACGUUGUUCAGUUUGUUGGUGCUGUCACGCAGAAUAUACCCAUGAUGAUUGUUGUAGAAUAUCAUCCAAAAGGUGACUUAGGAAGCUAUCUUCAAAAGAAAGGACGAUUAUCUCCAUCAAAAGCACUGAGAUUUGCUGUUGACAUUGCAAGGGGCAUGAAUUAUCUUCAUGAAUGUAAACCAGACCCGAUUUUCCACUGUGACUUAAAGCCAAAAAAUAUUUUGCUCGAUAAUGGAGGUCAAUUGAAGAUAACUGGAUUCGGGUUGAUAAGGUUGUCAAUUAUUUCUCCUGACAAAGCAAAGCUGGCACAGCCUUGGGCAGACCAUGGUCAUUCAAGUCUCUAUGUGGCACCUGAGAUUUACAAAGAUGAAAUUUUUGACAGAAGUGUGGAUGUAUAUUCUUUCGGUCUCAUAUUAUAUGAGAUGAUUGAGGGUGUACAGCCAUUCCAUCCCAAGCCUAUUGAAGAGGCUUUGAGAAUGAUGUGUUUAGAAGGAAAAAGACCGCCAAUGAGAACUAAGUCAAAAAGUUAUCCUUCUGUACUAAAAGAGUUGAUUGAGGAAUGUUGGAAUCCAGAUCCUUAUGGCAGGCCAACAUUCUCUGAGAUAAUUAUACGGUUGGAUAAGAUAGUUGCAAACUGCACAAAGCAGGGAUGGUGGAAAGAUACUUUUAAGCUUCCAUGGAAAUAACAAGAGGAGACACUCAGUUCCAUCAGAACAAAGAGAGAAAAGUUUUGGGGUAGAUGGGGAUCCAUGUUGCAAUGUUGUACUAAUCACUGGAGAGGGGCUGGGACUCAUCAAUCGGGUCAGCAUAAAAGUUGAAUUAUCCCAUAUUUGAUGUUUGUGAAGGAGCUGGAACAGUUUCUUUCUUUGUAUCAUUAUCAUGUGUGAAGAAGCUUUCUUAAAGAUCACUUGUUUAAAUACACAGAUAAUAAUGUACACAACAUAAUAUCAUUGCAACACAAUGCGGCCCUAUAAACACCAUAUUUUGCAGUCAAAAAGAAUAAAUUCAUGCAUAAAUAUAACACG